AAGAUUUAUAGAAGUGGGGGAGGAGACCUGGGAUGGGUUGAGAAGAACGAAAUUGUUUUUCCCUCUCCUCUUCCCGCCCCUCCAUCAGGCCCACACCUGCCCCUCACCACCUUGCAGUCGGACCUAAACACUUUUGACAUUAGACUUCCUAAUGCCAGCUUCAAGUGAACCACUUUCCUUUUGGCCACAAAGUAGAUUCCAAGCUUGGGCCUAUGUCUUGUUCGAUAAUAGUGGUACUGAGUCCUUAGUGAGUUUCUAAUCUCUAAGCCUUACAACUUACUCAUAUAUUCAGCAGAUAUUUGUUGAGUAUCUAAUCUGUGUGGGGACUCUGCAUACAUCAGUGAACAUAACAAAGCUCUCCGUCCACCCAGAGAAGGGAAGGGGCGAUGUGGUGAGAAGCAUAAGAAGUAAUACAGUAUGUAUCAGCAGACGUUAAAUUCCAUGGGAAUUAAAAAAAGCAGAGUGGGGGUGGGAUGCAGUAUUAAACAGGAUAAUGGGAAUAGGCAGCCUGGGGACAUCUAGGGAAGAGCAUUCCAGGCAGAGGGACAGAGCAAAGACCACAAAGCAAGAACAUGCCUGGCAUCUUGGAACAGCAAGGAGGACCGUGGGGCUGGAUCAUAGUGGAAGAAGGAAGGAAAGGGUCUCCAUCUCUCCCUCUCCGCCCCGGGGGCAUCAUCCUUCCGGGGAGGGGAGGAGGGGCUCCAGGAUGGCUGAAGAGAAGAAGCUGAAGCUGAGCAACACCGUGCUGCCCUCGGAGUCCAUGAAGGUGGUGGCCGAGUCCAUGGGCAUCGCUCAGAUUCAGGAGGAGACCUGCCAGCUGCUGACGGACGAGGUCAGCUACCGCAUCAAGGAGAUCGCGCAGGAUGCCUUGAAGUUCAUGCACAUGGGGAAGCGGCAGAAACUAACCACCAGUGACAUUGACUACGCUCUGAAGCUAAAGAACGUCGAGCCACUGUAUGGCUUCCAUGCUCAGGAAUUCAUUCCUUUCCGUUUCGCCUCUGGUGGCGGCCGGGAGCUUUACUUCUACGAGGAGAAGGAGGUUGACCUGAGCGACAUCAUCAAUACCCCUCUGCCCCGGGUGCCCCUGGACGUCUGCCUCAAAGCUCACUGGUUGAGCAUCGAAGGCUGCCAGCCGGCGAUUCCAGAAAACCCACCCCCAGCUCCCAAGGAGCAGCAGAAGGCUGAGGCCACAGAACCCCUGAAGUCAGCCAAGCCAGGUCAGGAGGAAGACGGCCCCUUGAAAGGCAAAGGUCAGGGGGCAGCUCCAGCUGACGGCAAAGGGAAAGAGAAAAAGGCGCCACCCCUGCUGGAGGGGGCGCCUCUGCGACUGAAGCCCCGAAGCAUCCACGAGCUGUCAGUGGAGCAGCAGCUGUACUACAAGGAGAUCACUGAGGCCUGCGUGGGCUCCUGCGAGGCCAAGAGAGCGGAGGCUCUGCAGAGCAUUGCCACGGACCCGGGUCUCUACCAAAUGCUGCCACGCUUCAGCACCUUCAUCUCCGAGGGGGUGCGAGUGAACGUGGUGCAGAACAACCUGGCCCUGCUCAUCUACCUGAUGCGCAUGGUGAAGGCGCUGAUGGACAACCCUACUCUGUACCUAGAGAAAUACGUGCACGAGCUGAUUCCGGCUGUGAUGACCUGCAUCGUCAGCAGGCAGCUGUGCCUGCGUCCAGACGUGGACAAUCACUGGGCGCUCCGGGACUUCGCCGCCCGCCUGGUGGCCCAGAUCUGCAAGCACUUCAGCACAACCACAAACAACAUCCAGUCCCGCAUCACCAAGACCUUCACCAAGAGUUGGGUGGACGAGAAGACCCCGUGGACAACGCGCUACGGCUCCAUCGCAGGCCUGGCAGAGCUGGGACACGAUGUGAUUAAGACACUGAUUCUGCCUCGGCUGCAGCAGGAGGGGGAGCGGAUCCGAGGGGUUCUGGAUGGCCCAGUGCUGAGCAACAUUGACCGCAUCGGGGCUGACCAUGUGCAGAGCCUCCUCCUGAAACACUGUGCCCCUGUCCUGGCAAAGCUGCGCCCGCCACCCGACAAUCAGGACGCCUACCGGGCAGAAUUUGGGUCCCUGGGGCCCCUCCUCUGCUCCCACGUGGUCAAGGCCCGGGCUCAGGCUGCACUGCAGGCUCAGCAGGUCAACAGGACCACCCUGACCAUCACUCAGCCCCGGCCCACGCUGACCCUCUCACAGGCCCCCCAGCCCGGCCCUCGGACCCCCGGCUUGCUGAAGGUCCCCGGCUCCAUCGCAUUGCCCGUCCAGACGCUGGUGUCUGCGCGAGCUGCCGCCCCGCCACAGCCGUCCCCGCCACCAACCAAGUUCAUCGUAAUGUCCUCGUCCUCCACCGCCUCAUCCACCCAGCAGGUCCUGUCCCUCAGCACCUCGGCCCCGGGCUCCGGCUCCACCACGACCUCUCCCGUCACCACCACCGUCCCCAGCGUGCAGCCCAUCGUCAAGCUGGUCUCCACCGCCACCACCACGCCCCCUAGCACCGCCCCCUCGGGUCCGGGCAGCGUCCAGAAAUACAUCGUGGUCUCUCUGCCACCCACUGGGGAGGGCAAAGGAGGCCCCACAUCCCAUCCUUCUCCUGCCCCUACCCCAUCCUCAGCCCCCUCCCCGCUUGGGGGCAGUGCCCUCUGUGGGGGGAAACCGGAAGCUGGGGAGAGCCCCCCUCCUGCUCCAGGGACUCCAAAGGCUAAUGGCUCGCAGCCCCCCGGGGCUGGCUCCCCUCUGCCCGCACCCUGAUGCUGACCCUCUCCCUGGAUUCUCCCUCUCUCUCCCACACACACAGACACACACAUACUGGGUGGAAGGGGGUAGUAGCCAGCUUCCCCCAUGUGACUUUCUCUUUAGAUAUUGUACAGCCAGUUGCUCAGAAUAAAAGUUUGAUUUUUAA